AGUGUAAUGUGAAAGGGACGCCUAGUGUUUAUCUCGCUCUCUCUUGUCUGGACCCUCCCCCGCACUCAUCGGCGGUAGGUGUAUAUAUGGGGAGAGCAGGAUAGUGUUAUUCGUUUCCGCGGUCCCUUGUUUAUCCGGCUGCACACCGCAAUCUGCAGCGGCGCUGAGGAUGAGCGACCAGGGAAAGGGUUCGGCAUCCACUCCUACAGGGGCCCUAGCGCCGGGGUCGGAUACGUACAAAGGCUGGCUUUUUAAAUGGACUAACUAUUUGAAAGGGUAUCAACGCCGAUGGUUCGUCCUCAGCAAUGGCCUUCUGUCGUAUUACAGGACUCAGGCAGAGAUGGCCCAUACAUGUCGUGGCACUAUCAACCUGGCCACAGCCCAUAUCGACACGGAGGACGCCUGUAACAUUGUCCUGAGCAGCGGCGGUCGCACCUACCACCUGAAGGCCAGCACUGAGGUGGAGCGCCAGAGAUGGGUCACAGCGCUGGAGCUGGCCAAGGCUAAAGCUAUCCGCAUGAUGAACGACCAGUCUGAUGACUCAGGAGACGAGGAGCCCACGACCCAGUCGGACCGUAGUGAGGGGAUUCAGGGCACUCUGAAGACCCUGAUCAGCAAGCUUGAUGACCUCGGCACGUGUAACGACCUAAUCGCCAAGCAUGGGGCGGCCUUGCAGCGCUCUCUGAGUGAACUCGAGGCGCUGAGAGUCCCCGUGGAGGGAGGAGAGAAGGUCAAGGGUGUCAACGAGCGAGCCACCCUCUUCCGCAUCACCUCGAAUGCUAUGAUCAAUGCGUGUCGGGACUUCCUGGACCUAGCGGAGACCCACAGCAGGAGAUGGCAGCGGGCGCUGCAGUAUGAGAGAGAGCAGCGUAUUCACCUGGAGGAGACCAUAGAGCAGCUAGCCAAGCAGCACAACAGUCUGGAGAGAGCCUGGAGAGAGGCCCCCACACUGUCCGCCAACACGCCCAGCGCCCCCACCACAGAGAAGGUAGGGAGUGAGAGGCUGCAGAAAGGGGAGGCGAGUGAUGAAGAUGAGGAUACAGAAUACUUUGACGCCAUGGAGGAGUCCCCUGCCUUUAUCACAGUGACCGCCACUGAGAACACACAGCACAGGCAUUCUCAGAGUAACCUGAGUGGAGCGAGUGGAGGCCAGACCAAUGACUGGAACCAGGAAAAUGAGUAUCCUAGCUGUAAUGAUUCAGGGAAGGAGCUGCAGCCCCUCAGAAGGAGGAGGAGCCACAUCCCAGACAAACCCAAUUACUCCCUCAACCUGUGGAGCAUCAUGAAGAACUGCAUCGGCAAAGAGCUCUCCAAGAUCCCCAUGCCUGUGAACUUCAACGAGCCUCUGUCCAUGCUGCAGCGGCUGACAGAGGACCUGGAGUACCAUGAGCUGCUGGACAAGGCGGCGCGCUGCGAGAGCUCCCUGGAGCAGCUGUGUCUGGUGGCAGCCUUCUCUGUGUCCUCCUACUCCACCACCGUCCACCGCACGGCCAAGCCCUUCAACCCCCUGCUGGGGGAGACCUAUGAGCUGGACCGUCUGGAGGACUUCGGCUACCGCUCGCUGUGUGAGCAGGUGAGCCAUCACCCCCCAGCAGCAUCUCACCAUGUGAUUUCUCAGCGAGGCUGGACCCUCUGGCAGGAAAUCACCAUAGCCAGCAAGUUUCGUGGCAAAUACCUCUCCAUAAUGCCUCUGGGUGCCAUUCACCUGCAGUUCCACUCCAGUGGGAACCAUUAUGUGUGGAGGAAGGUAACCUCCACCGUGCACAACAUCAUCGUGGGCAAGCUGUGGAUUGACCAGUCAGGGGACAUUGAGAUAGUCAACCACAGGACCAAGGAGACAUGCCAGCUCAAGUUCUCCCCCUACAGCUAUUUCUCCAGGGAAGUCCCACGCAAGGUGACAGGGGUGGUGUCAGACAGUGGAGGGCAGGCCCACUACAUCCUGUCUGGCACGUGGGACGAUAAGAUCGAGAGCUCCAAGAUCGUCCAGAGCAGCAAAGGGGGCAGUGGCUCCGAGGGCAAGCAGAAGACAGUCUACCAGACCCUGUCCCCCAAACUACUGUGGAAGAAAUACCCUCUCCCGGAUAAUGCUGAGAACAUGUACUUCUUCUCCUCGCUGGCGCUGACGUUGAAUGAGCCGGAGGAUGGGGUGGGGCUGACGGACAGCCGGCUGAGACCGGACCAGAGGCUGAUGGAGGCGGGGAGAUGGGACGAGGCCAACUCUGAGAAACAGAGACUAGAGGAGAAACAGAGAGCUGUGAGGAGGAGGAGAGAGGCAGAGGCCACAGAUGCACUUGAUGACGGUCGGGAGUACGAGGGCUUCCAGCCACAGUGGUUCCACAAGAGGACGAACGCCAUCACUGGAGAGACAAACUUUGUGUACAAGGGGGGAUACUGGGAGGCUAAGGACAGUCAGGACUGGAAUAUGUGCACUGAAAUCUUCUAAGCCUCGACCAGACACAUCCUACCCCCUCACUGGACUCACCCAGGCCCAGGAGACUGCUCUACCGCUGGGUCUGGGUGUUGACCUCUGUGUGCAACUGUGUAUGUCUCACACACUCACAAUACAGUUUACCUCCCCACGGACACACACACUUCAUCUGUUUUACAGAGUCAAAGGAGAGAAGGGGCCUUCUAUAGGUCCUCCCUGACAACAUAGCACUGAGCUGUAUGGGGGUGUGAGAGAGAGGAGAGAUUGAAUACCAUAGAAAAUGGACCCAAUAGAGAUGUCCAAAAUAAUCAGGUGCUCCACACACGCUACCCACAAUGCACUAUUCCUCUGCUCAGCACAUCAUUUUUUCUGGGUUUUAAUGAUUGAAUAGCAACCCAUCUAAAUCAGUUCUCCUCUCCUCCACUGUAGACUGGGAUGGGAUGAAGUCUAUCCUCUCUAACAGACAGACCGACAAACAAAAAGAAGGCCACAGAAGUUUAUAGAAAGACAGUAUACUUUAAAAGGAUGGACAUUUAUUUUGAUUAGUAACUGGUAUCGGAAAGUGCAGGUAGGCACAGACUCCAACGCUUGAAUUAGUUUGUCAUCUAUGUCCGUCUGCCUGGUAAAGAACUUAAGUUCCCUCUGUUCUUUUCUCCAUUGCAGGAGGAACAAGGUUUAGACCUGCGUAUAACCAUAUAGAGCUCAGACCGUAACCAACGUGGUUUGACAACCAGAGUACUUUUCCAAACACAAACUGGGUAUAUUGUGAUACCUCCCAAACACAGUCACACUUCCACUCCACUGGUAAUUGAAUCUUUGUCUAUUGGGUAAAUAAGCACUUUUCUUUGUUCUUUGUGGGUUAAUGCAUAUCCGUGUUGAUGUUGAGACUCCAGCCUGGGCACUGUACACUCACCCAGUCAUUUGGUGCUUAACCAUAGAAACACAUACACUUCUAUUGUGCAGUGAGUCAUUUAAAGGAUAUAAAUGGCAUUGUAGCUAGAACCUGCACACCAAUUACUUGUCCCAAAAACAGAUCCAUCAUCCCACACAUGAAUAUCUAGGCAGAGUGUGAAUUCUACACCCCAGUGUAUAGUUCUACAGCCUAUAUGACAGACAGGAGCCUGCUCUGGACCUGUAAUUGUAUUCCUACAGAACUGGCUGAUGUUGCUAUAGCACUGAAGGAGGCCCAUGUUUGCUACUGACAGCAUAUUGGCAUCUUACCACAGACAGACAGCAUGCUCCUCAGGCCUCCCAUAGCAUACCACUGUUCAGCCAGGGAGGGCUGCUAGUGGAGACACUGGCUCCCAGGCACUGACCUAGGUUCACCUGAGCAUAAACCUAGUCCUAACUCCUAGUGUUGAAGAGCUGUGGACAGGCUGAUCUGGGAUCAGCUGGUGAAGGCACUGUCAGUAUUUUGCCUUUAAGAACUGAUUUGUGCACUACAUGUCUUAGGUGACAGGAUUCUUGACAAAGUGUUAGUAUAUUUUGUAAUUACUGUUAGGAAUGUAGUAUUUGGGCUGGAAGUAUUGUACCUACUGUCUGGCCUUUUGUGUGAAUAUUUUGUGAUAACAAGAUAAUAACAAGACAAUAAUAUGAUUAUAAAACAGUUCUAAUAAUAAUCGGAACAAUAAGUCAUGUUUAUAGUUGAAAUCUGAAGUUUUAAUGAAAAUGUACUGUUACUGUACCUUUUUAAUUUAAAUUGAUCCAGCCAGUUAGAAGUUGAUUCUAACUACCGCCCACGGUUUGGUUGCAGAUUUAAUGUUUUGUAUUAAUAGAGACUUACUCUCACACUGAAAAUUAUUUUUAUACAAAGUUGUUGAUAUUGGCAUAUUGUUUACUUGGUUUAGAUUUGCAGUUCACAAACAAGCAACCACAUCUGACAGUGCCCCUGGUGUGGCCCAUAAGGUUUCUGAGGUCAGUUGUUACAGAGAUCUGGUAUGUGCUCUGGAAGGAAGUGGAAGACACACAGAAUACCAUCCUCAGCCCAACAUAUCUGUCUGGAGGGCUAUAGGGGUUGCUGGGGGUGCAUACAAACUAGAAAAUACUCAUCAAGCAACUGCUGAAUGUAAUGUGAACCAGGAAAAUGUGAAAGUUUAAACUGUGAGAUAGUAAUUAUCCCCCAAUCACUUUCAUGCUCCCAACUGCUUUUCAUUUGAACUCAGAGUAACCCUCCUCCACCGGAAGCCUAUAAUAUAAAGUCUCAACGGGGCAGAGAAUUAGGUUGUUACAAGCACAUUCUGACCAGGCACUUACUCUCUUUAACCCCGUGAACAACAGCCUCCAUUUUCUGCACUAUUUAUGUUUGGUUCCAGUUGAUCUACUUUGUACCCAUAACCUUUCAGCAGACACACAGGCACGUAUACAUUAGUCACAUAACCAUAACACACUCACACAUGUAUAAGUACUGACCACAUUGGCAAGAACAGUACAUUAUUAGUGGAAGAAAUCAAGUGGGUACAGCAGGAUGACAUGGUUCCCCACAUUGGAAUGAAUUCUCACUAUUCUGGACCCAAUCACAGUAAGGGGUUUUAUAUAUUGUAAAUGUGUCAUUGUAUAGACAAUACUACAACGUCAUGUACAGUAUUACUGGGCGAGAAACAGUAUUGAAAUGUGGGGAAGAAAGAG